CAUUCGGCAACAGGCGGGUUGAUUUAAAAAUAAAAGUGCCUGCUAGCAGCUCCACUUGCGUUCAUUUUAGGCUUUUUCUACUCGAAGUUGUUAUCGAAUGCAGACAAAAUGGGAGACAAUCCUGCUGGAAGUGACGACGAUCUGAAUACACUCUUUGACCGGGUUUCCAAUAAACUCGGUUGGAAGUGUGACGCAAAUUUUGACGAGUUGUUUGAGCAGCUUUCCCAAAGCACAAAGAAAAAGAAGAGCAAAAGAGUGGCUGCUUCAGCUAAGAAAAAGAAGAAGAGCCAAACGAACACCAAAAAGAAAACCAGAGACCCUUCAAAUAAACAGAGCAAGCCUUCUGGGGCACCACCAUUCUCAAGCGGGUUAAGUGAUCCAAGUCAGGAUUCUUCAUCCUGUAUAGCUGGUAUCUCCAGAAAUUUGAAGUUGGAGUUCCAGGCAGAAAAAGCUUGCAGUGCCGACAUUUCAGUUGCCCACGAAGAGGAAGGCAAAACUGUUGAAGUCUUGAGAGAAACAGCUCCUGUUGUUUCUGCAGAAAUUGAUUCAGCUGCUUCACCUAGCUUGCAUGAUGAUGCUUGGAGGACUGGGUUCGAAUGGGAGGAACAUCCUUUACAUGGUAAGCCUGAACAUGCAGAUGAGCCCUCUAGAGGGUCGGAAGGGGAUAGGCAAGAGAAAACGAGACAUUCCAGCGAGGACAAGGCAUUUGAAAAUAAGGAAAAUGAAGCUCCAUCCAGAAAUGAAAGGACAUCCAGCAGUGAUGAAGAUGUGGUAUCCAGUAACAGAAAACUUAGCGAAAGCUCUUACAAGGGUUUCUGUACUUCUACAGGGGCAGCAAAGAAAGAUUCUGAAGAUGAUGUUUCAAACAUUUUCACUGAAGACUUUACAGAGUCACCUCAACCCAUGAAGUGGCUCAUGUCCCCUCCUCCAAAGCCCAGCUCAUCAGCGCCAUCUCCAUCGCGAACUUUGAACUCUGACAGCAAUGAUGAUGAAUCCAACAUUGACUCUAAUGAUAACGAUGACGAUUUUGGGGAUAUCUUUGGUGCUAACAUUCCAAGUUUAACUGAAAGGUUGGCACAAAAUCAUCUCGAGAACAAGAGGAAGGAAACAGCAAGCAGGAAGAACAGAAGGAGAAGUUGUGCUAACCCAAGAGCCGCUCCACUUGUAUUGGACAAUGAAUGGAUGGAUGAAGAAAAAGAAGAAGUAAGUGGGCAGGAGGAUAAGGUUGAUGGAAUCCUUAAAGGGGAGGCAAGGUUGGAGGCUGAAGACGACGGAGAAGAGGAAAGAAAAGCAAGUGACAGGGAUGAUCAAGUGUUACAGAAGAAAGACAGAGAGACCCUCAACACCAAUGCAGAAUCUUUUCGGAAAGCAAGGACCAGACGUCAAGACUCUAGUAGUGAUGAUGACUUUGAAUCAUUCCUGAAAGCUGUCAAGACACCCCAACAUCUAAAGCAGCAGGGCGGACAAUCGGACUCGGAGGAGGGCGUCUAUGUGGUUGAUGAUGAUGACGAUGACUUCAUCAAUGACACGCCCCUCGAUAGCAAGAGUGAUGACGACAACGACAACGAUGUCUUCUAUCAUAAGGUCAUCAAUCUGGAUAAUCCACUUACGAGUGGAAAGAAAACAACUAAGAAGCAUCCAACUGUGGGCAGUCGUUCUGGAAGCAUCCUCAGCCAGCUUCUAUCCUCCUCAGAUGAUGAUGAAGACGUCUUUGUGAUACCAAGUCACACGCCCUCUCUCAGAAAACCAAGUUCAAAAGCAUCAACUUCAACCACCUCAUCAAAGAAAACCCCAGCCAAGCAGCGACGCCCGCUCCACCCUACCACUCUGCCCACCAACCGAUGCUUCAGCACCCCCUCCCGCACCGAGCGACCCGCCCCGGUGUCGUUCCUUGCCUCUCUCUCCACCCCGGGGAAGGGAAUGUCCACCAGGUCGAGGUACGUGAGCGACUUCAAGAGGAACAAGGACGAGCUCACUCAGAAACUCUUCAAGCUGUACAAUGAAAGUGUCUUCGAGAACAAGCUACCAUCUGAUUUCAGCGUCACAUGGAACAACAGGAUGAGGAAGACCGCUGGAUUCUGCUUCUACAAGAAGAGGCUUAGUGAGAGGACAGCUAGGAUUGAGCUCUCGGUCAAAGUGUGUGACACGGCUGAACGUCUGAGAGACACAUUGGUUCAUGAGCUUUGCCAUGCUGCUGCCUGGCUGAUUCAUGGUGUUAGUGAUGGUCAUGGAAAGUACUGGAAAUACUGGGCUGCCAAGUCCAAUCUUGCCCACCCCGAGAUCCCAGUCAUCAAGCGAUGUCACACCUAUGAGAUCACCACUAAGUUCAAGUACAAGUGUGUCCAGUGUGGGAACAUUAUUGGUCGGCACUCCAAGUCCGUGGACACCAAGAGGUUCUGCUGUGCCUACUGCAACGGGCGCCUGGAACUCCAGCCCACCCUGAGGAAGGACGGCACACCAGCCAGGGCGCGGGGACCCAACCCCUUCGCCGCCUUCGUCAAGGAGAACUACGCCUCGGUGAAGAAGACCCAUGGGGCCGCCAAACACGCUGAAGUGAUGAGACUCCUCAGCCAGGAGUUUGGUUCUAAAACCAAGAUCACAGAUGCAUGAAGAUAUUGCUACAAGUCUUGUUGAAAGACAUAAAUAAGAAGCAUAGAGGUCAUACAGGGGACUUUCUCCAUUGGCUCUAUGUAUUUCACUUGUUCUGUAGCAUUGGAAUAUCAGUAUGGAAGCAUAAAGUGCAUCACUUUUUCAGUUGGCCAAGAAGAAAAGAUUAUGAUGUUUUGAAAGAAAAGGUAAAAGAAGUGGAGUUAUAUUCCAAUCCAAUUGCACAAAGCUCUUGAAAAAAAAAGCAUAAUUUUUCAUACUUUUAACAGAUAUAUUCAUUAUUUUCAAGUAAAAGUAUGUUUUGAUAUUCAUAAAUCAUUGUUUGAAAGAAAUUAUUCACCAAACUACUCUCUGAGCAAAACUGGCUGUUGCGAAGAAGGCUGAAAAAAAGGUAUUCUUAUUUUAACAGAAGAGAUAUAUUAUUUGGAAGAAAAAAAAGUGAAUAGAGAGAUAAAGAUAUUCUUCAAAGAGAAAAUUCCAUUUUGAAACUAAUUUACAUAUAUCACAAUAUGUGAGCCAAGUUCAUGUGUCAUUAAACAAUGGAAAUGGGUAAACUAGUUGUUCAAAGUUUUGGUGAGAGAGAAUUAAGUUUUUACUCUUAAAUUAUGUAAUUCAUUUUUAGCAUGUUAGCAUAUUAAGAUGAUUUCUGACUUGAUUUUAUCAAAAUGCUUUACUUCAAAUUCAUGCAAAGAAUAAUUUCCAUUAUCAACAUUUUACCAUUGUGUCAAUUAUGUGUAGUACAGUGCAUUCAUUUUGCCAUUAUUGUGCCAAUUAUGUCUAGAACCUUGCAAUUUGUUGUAUAUAUUUUUGUUGUUGUUGCUAAUCCAAAUCUUUGCAGUAUUAUGUGAACAGGGAAAUAAAAAUGUGGGUUUGGUAGCAUGCAUUAACAAGUCCAUGCAUAAUUAUAUGGUGAAGAAGAUUUGGUACAUUUUUCCAUUGACCUUUGUAUGUACAUGCAUUUGUACUAUAAAAUUUAGGAAUGUAUGCUACAAUGAACAUUUCCCUUUCAAUAUCAGAGCUUUUAAGAAAAAUUAGGAUGUGUCCUGUACACUUUUUAACAAGAUGUAAUUAUCAUCCUAAAACCCAAUUGCAAUCCUUAACCCAAAAAAAGGAUCAUACUUAUGACUCGUGUAAGUCAGUGCUUGUCGUAGAGUAAUAAAUAAAAAAUGAUUGUUAUGGUAAUCAUCAUGUUUGUGAUUUGCAUUGUUUAGAAUUAUGAUAAAUGAUCUAGUAAUUACCCGACAAGGAUAGGCGUCAUAAAGAAUAGUAUCUAAGACUUUGUCAAUGAUUUGCAAAAAGCAGAAAGCUGUAUUUUAGCUGUAAUCAGUGAAACCUUAUGCAACAUGGCUGAUUAUCUUAAAAAGGUAUUUUUGUCAGGUUUUUAUUUGCACAUGUAUAUCAUGAAAAGAAAUUUUGUUUUUGACAGUAUUUGUAAUCUACAAUAAUGAUUGUCAUCAUAUGUGAUGGCUACAAUACCUGCUCAGGUAUCAGGUGCUCAACUUUAACUCUGGUCCAAACACUGAACCUAAUGCUAACCCUAAAUAUAAACCUAACCUAAAACCCAAUUGCAACCCUUACCCUAACCUAAUAUCCAAUUGCAACCCUUACCCUAAACAUAAGCUACACUAAAACCCAAUUGCAACCCUAACCUUAAAUGUAACCUAACCUAAAGCCUAAUUGUAACCCUAACCUUAAACCUAACCCUAUACCCAAUUGCAGCCCUGAUCGUGACCCUAGCCGUAAUUCUCUAAUGAAUAAAGCUCGAAGCAAUUGUUGCUGGAGCCUUACUUGGUAUUCUGGUUUGAAUUAAUAAUUGGGGCAAACAAAACAGACUUGAUACAUAACGUCAGGUAGUUGUAAAAUACCACAUUACUUUGUAUUCAAAGAUUAAAUGCAAUAUACUGGGCUCUGUCUUGUAAAGAGUCAAUAUUAAUCGGAACUUAUUUGUUAUUGAUGUCAAUCAUAACUAUGUACUUAAGAGGAGGGAGACUGUAAAUUUGCAAUUGAUUGGAAGACUUCUUUUGUAUAACUCUUUAUAAGCAGGGCCCAGAUUUACUUAUGUCUUGGCUCAGGAAAGAAUAACAAAUCCAUCUGCCCAGCGAUUUUUAAGCACAAACUUGUAUAUACAUGUAUGUCUGUGUGAGUAGGAAUGGUGUUGUGCAAUGUUUUUGAUAAUAAAGUGCACAGCACAUUCGAAAAUAUG